ACCUCAAAUAUACGUUACAUUAUUGAUAUGGCAACACAAACCAACCAAGACCAUUUCUCUGGGGACUUGCGAAGAUCUUGGCAGAAAAUUGGCAAGUUGACGUACGGCUCAAGGCAGUGGAUAGUGAUGAUGGUUCAAUUAUCUCUGCCCAAAAAGUUAUUCUGGCAUCAAGAUCGGCGGUUUUGAAGAAGAUGCUAGAAUCAGACGAGUUCAAGACUUCGGCUAAGCAGGUGGGAACAAUCACUCUCUUAGAGAUGAAACAAGAAGAGCUAGAAGCUUUUGUUGAGUUUCUAUAUAGUGAUGGUUCUAUGCUUUCUUCGAAAGUGAAGCAACAUGCUCGGGCACUCUAUCGUGCGGCUGACAAAUACGAGAUUCUCCGACUACGAGAGCUAUGCAGAUCUGAGCUUAUAUCUUCUCUGAAUUCGACGAAUUCUCUUAACCUUCUUGAGCUCGCACAAAUCCCUUUUGACAAAGUCCUCAACGAUGCAGCCCUUAGUUAUAUUAAAACAAAUGAACUUAUGUUUCCUAGCUUUGAUGAGUUCAAGUUGUUCGUUGAUAAUUACCCAAAUCUUGCCGUGGAGGUAAUGAUGGCUUCUCUUACUCGGACUCCUAGUACAAGCUGUUCUAGGUGUGGUCUCAUAACCUAUCAUAAUCAGACUGGUACAAGCUGUUGUAGUUGUGGUUUUGACUAUCCUCGUCGCAGCUAGAUGAAUCACAAUGUAGUUUUUGUCGUAUCAAAUUAAUAAACCAUUU